AUGGAUUUUGAAGGUUUAUUUAGUGGUGAUAUGGAUGAAUUACGUAAUAUGGAUACUGUAUCACAAGUAAAUCCAAUCGAGGAAGAUAAUAUUACCUAUGUCACAAAAACCGGACCAGUUUUAGCAGUAAACCGCGAAGAAUGUCAAAAUGAAUUAGAUGGUUUAAAUAAUGAAAACACUAAUCUUAAUGCUCAAUUAGCUCAAAUGAAUAAUCCAGCACUCCGAAAUCUUUUAUUAACAAGAAUUAAUUCAAUUCAAUUCAAUAUCAAACGUGCGUAA